AUGAUGAAGGAACUCAUCACCUUCCGUACUCAUCUCGCUUUGCUGUGUAACUAUGAUUGGGUCCCUAUACCAAUAGCAUAUCCUCAGGUGGUAUUUCUCGCUGUACGCUCUUAUUUUAUUAUUUGUCUUGUGUCGCGACAAUUUCUCAUAGGAGAUGGUUCUCCAACUGGUCGGUCGAUUAAUAUCUACGUGCCAGUGAUGACAAUACUUCAGUUUCUUUUCUUCGUCGCUUGGAUGAAGGUUGCUGAAGCACUACUGAAUCCUCUUGGAGAGGACGACGACGAUUUCGAGUGCAAUUUCCUUAUCAAUCGCAACACAACUGUAGGUAUGGCUAUUGUCGACCAGACAGCAGGUAAAUGUCCUGAACUGUCCUACGACACACUUUCCGAUUCUAACCACCCAAAGCCUGGCGAUGGAUCGUACGGUGGCGAUCACGCUCUGGUUGGAUCGGUUGCUGAUGUUGUGUAA